AUGGCGAUCACAACCUUUCUCUCUCAAAGUUUACCAUUUUACCCUUCAACCAAACUCGUUCCGAGUCGACUCACUCUUUCCUCCUCCUCUUCCUCCGUUUGCUGUCUCUCACUACAACCCCGAAAAAACCAUCCUUCUACCGCCUCCGCCGCAGAGAACGACGAAACUUCCGCCUUACGAGUCGUCAUGUCCGCCGGAGGCACCGCCGGACACAUCUCUUCGGCUCUCGCGAUCGGAGACGAGCUGAAAUCCGCCGACCCACUCACUCAGAUCCUCUUCAUCGGAUUCCCAAACAGCAUGGAGAGCACGACGGUCCCAUCCGCCGGAUUCGACUUCUCCGCGAUCUCCACCGUCGGAUCAUCAUCCUCCCGGCCAUUCAUCUACUUCACCUCCUUCCUCCGUUUCCCUCUCCGCCUGAUCCAAUCAACCUUCGAGUCCUACAAACUCCUCCGCGAAUUCAAACCCCAGAUCGUCGUCGGCACCGGAGGACACGCCUCCUUCCCGGUCUGCUUCGCCGCCGUGAUCAUGGGCCUCAAACUCGUGAUCCAGGAACAAGACUCCAUCCCCGGAACAACCAACUGGAUCCUCUCCUUCUUCGCCGACACGAUCUUCGCUCCUUUCAACUCCAUCGUCGCAAAUCUCCCGAAACGAGCCGCCGCCAAGUGCGUCGUCUACGGGAACCCGAUAAGACAAGCGCUUAAACGGUACGCCUCGAAAGGAGCGUCGCGUGUGAGCUUCUUCGGACAGUGUGCGGGAGCUGUGUCGGAAGCGAGAGUUGUCCUUGUCCUCGGUGGGUCUUUGGGAGCAAACGCCAUCAACAUAGCUCUGCUUAACUGUUACUCGGAGAUGUUGUCUGAACACGAGAACUGGUUCUUCGUUUGGCAAACUGGUGUUGAAGCUUUUGAUGAAAUGGAUAGUCUCGUUCGAAGCCAUCCUCGUCUCUUUCUAUCUCCGUUCUUGCGAUCGAUAUGUGUGGCUUAUGCGGCUGCAGAUUUGGUUGUAUCGAGAGCUGGUGCAAUGACUUGCUCGGAGAUCAUGGCGUUAGGCAAACCUUCUAUUUUGAUACCAUCACCACAUAGUAGUGAAGGGGAUCAAGUGAGGACAGCUUCUUUAAUGGCGGACAUUGUUGGAUCAAAGGUGAUAACAGAGGAGGAGCUAGAUUCGAUCACUCUUCGAGCUGCCAUUGAAGAUAUUAUAGGGAAUGAAGAAUUGAUGAGAGAAAUGAGCGAGAGGGCGAUUAAUGCUGCGAAGCCUGACGCUGCAUCAGAUGUCGCUAAACACAUUAUUUCUAUUGUCAAAUCAUAA